GAGGCAGUAGUGGAGCGAUAGCAUUAGCACUAUUUAUUCACGAAUCUGUGUAAAUAUAGUAAACUUGGAUUUUUAACUUAUUUAUUUAUGUAUAUCUAUAUGUAUGCGUCUGCACUCUGCACAUAUAUAUACUAACUUGUAAUAAUCAACGUCUACUUCAACCCAAAAAUGCGGCGGAUAAACUCUUGCUGAACCACCGCCGUGAAGCAAUGUCAGGGUUUUGCGAUCUCAGCUUCGAUCCAUAAAGUGUAUGAUUAAGUAAAAGGUAGUUUGAACUUGAAGAAAUGGGAGGUGAUAAUGAGGAAGAUAAUGGUGAGACUAUGCAGAGACUCCAGUCAUCAUUUGGAACUUCAUCAUCUUCGCUUCAUACACAGCACCACUCUUUUCAACUGAAUCAAUCAAGUAUACCUCAACUACACAUGCCGCAAUUUCGCGGUCAGAUUCGGCAACCGUCGCCUAAUUUGUGCGGGGAAAACGGUGGAAAAAGGGUGGGCAUUCCGCCGUCUCAUCCACAAAUUCCUCCAAUCUCGCCUUAUUCGCAGAUCCCCUUUAACCGCGCUGGAAAUCAGCAGAAUUUUGUUACUAGUCCAGGGCCAUCGCAUGCUCGAUCUUUGUCACAGCCGGCUUUUUUUGCCGUUGAUUCGCUGCCGCCGCUAGUCCCUUCCCCAUAUAGAGAAUCGACUCCCGACCAGGUUUCGACUGAUGUAGCUAUGGAGGAGAGGGGGGGUGGGGGUGGAUCUCAUUCCAUGUUGCCGCCCUCACCUUUUACAAGGGGAACUAUGUCUAGAGUUGGAGAGAGUCUCCCUCCUCGUAAGGCGCAUAGAAGGUCCAAUAGUGAUAUCCCGUUUGGAUUUUCGAGCAUUUUACAGUCGUCGCCUCCGCUUAUACCUUUGAGGAGUCCUGGUGCUGUUGAUAGGCUAGGAUCUGCAAGAGAGAAUUCAGGAGCCCAGCCAGUGCAAUUGGUUAAGAAAGAGUCGAGUUGGGAGAAAGUAGAGGAGAGUGCAGAAGGGAUGGGGGAGAGAAAAUAUGAAGGUGAAGUUGUGGAUGAUUUGUUCUCUGCUUAUAUGAAUUUGGACAAUAUUGAUGCCUUCAACUCAUCUGAGACGGAUGACAAGCUGGGAAAUGAGAACCGAGACGAUUUGGACAGUAGAGCCAGUGGAACAAAGACAAAUGGAGGUGAUAGCAGUGAUAACGAAGCAACUAGUAGUGUGAAUGAAAGUGUGAGCAGUGCUCAGAAACCGAGAGUGUCUACAUUGACUGAGAGGAGGGAAGGGAUUAAAAGGAAUGCUGGGGAAGAUAUUGCUCCAACCACUCGACAUUAUAGAAGUGUCUCUAUGGAUAGUUUUAUGGGAAAUAUGAAUUUUGAUGAGUCGCCCAAAAUGCCUCCAUCUCCUGGAACAAACCAACUCUCACCCACCAAUUCACUUGAUGCCAAUACAAAUGCUUUCAGCUUGGAGUUUGGUAAUGGGGAAUUCAGUGGUGCUGAACUUAAGAAGAUAAUGACAAAUGAGAAACUUGCCGAGAUAGCCUCAAGUGAUCCCAAGCGUGCAAAAAGGAUCUUAGCUAAUCGUCAGUCUGCUGCUCGGUCAAAAGAGCGUAAGAUGAAAUACAUUGUGGAGUUGGAACACAAGGUCCAGACAUUACAGACCGAAGCUACUACAUUGUCUGCCCAACUUACUAUGCUUCACCGAGACUCUACUGGACUUAGUAGCCAAAACAAUGAGCUGAAGUUUCGGUUGCAGGCCAUGGAACAACAGGCUCAACUGCGAGAUGCACUGAAUGAGGCAUUGACGGCAGAGGUGCAACGUCUGAAGUUUGCAACGGCUGAAUUAAGUGGUGACCCCUCGAAGUUUCAGCAGUUCUCGGUCAACCCUCAGAUGUUUCAGUUACGACAGCAACAGGCCACCCAAAUGAACAUGCAUCAAUUGCAACAGCAAAGGCAACAACAACCACAGCAACACCAAGUGAAUGGCAAUAACAACGCCAAAGAUGAGACAGAGCAAUAGGCGGCCUUUGAGGUGUGCAGAUUACGAGGUUGUCUCUCCUCAUCUUUAUCUGCUUUUACGGAGUUUAAUUCAUUCAUUAGUUUUGCACCUACAACAUACGUUGAGGUCAGCAGUUUGGAACCUGUUCUACAAGACUUGCAUCUUCAUACCUGUCCGUUUAAAUUAGGUUCAAGAAUACGAGCUCUAGGAAAACUAUUGCGCCUAGCAAACAAGUCCUGGAUUGCAAUAAUUUUCACCAGUCACCUUCAUAUCUUCUCAUCUCGAGUUACAUUUCAUCACUGUAUAUAAGAAACAUGCUUGUCCUGAACAAAUUAGGUCAACCUCUAUUUAUCAUCCGUCGACAUUGUGCUAUGACGUUCUAUUCUUGUAAUAUUUUGGAGUAAUUUAUUUUUUUGACCCGGAAUAUUAGGGUUUUCUUUAUUGAUCUUUGGAACAUGUAUUUUUGUCGGAUUGAGCGUGAGAUGUUUUAAAUAGUUGUUUUUCUGUUCA